AUGUCGGGUCUAUUCAACUCUCGCUGGGCACCCGGAACUGGGGGAAAGCAACGAUACCCGGCGAGUCCAAAUGCUCCCCGGCACUGGCCCUCCAACAACUCUAAUUCCGGUGGUAACAACAGCAGCAUCCGCCCGGCGACUAUCACAUCCCAAGAUGGUCGCUUGCUGCCGCCGGCCGAGGAAUUAGCACGAUUUAUGAAAAUUGUCGCCAGGCUGCGAUGGAAACUCCCAUUUUUAGCUGAAGGAUACCGCCUUGCAACACUGGAAAUGAGCGAUGUCGUAUCGGCAGACGAUGUCGCUCACGCUGAAAUAAUGUUCAAGAUCGAUUUCCAUGAAUAUUAUGCUCUGCUUGAACGUGCCAUUGUCCAUUUACUGGCGGUAUUCAAUAUCUCCGUUACAUCGUCGCCUCGAGGGCCACCAGAUAAUGGAAACGGCAUCGGUCGGCCUGUUGGUAUUCAUCGAUACCAUGCCAAUGUGCUAGAGGCCUUGCGGGAGCAAUCAACCCCACUAUCCCCAGUUCUUGGCGGUGGUCCUGUUUAUUUGCAGUUGCAAAAGGCCAAGGAGCUGCGUAAUAGGUGGAAAACUGCCGAUCUGACUACGGAAGAGAGGGAAAAGCAAGGCGAAAGAAAGGACAUUGUGACGCUUGCAAGCUUUGACUUUGAGGGCAUCAUCUCUGAUAUCUUUGGUGGUCUAGAAGAAUCAUAUGUUCGGGCAAAAGAGCAUGUUGACAAGUGCAUCCGCCCGGAUGAGAUCACUGGAGAGGGGGCAAACACUGAGGCGGACUGGGGGUUCAUGGUCGAUGCCAUGGAUUGGGAAGCUGUAUGA